AUGAGCGAAUCAAGUGCCUUGAGUACUAGUGUGAAGGAUACGAACAAAUGUGAUUCUUCAAAUUGUGAUAAAGAAGAAUUGGUUGAUAUUAAUAAGAGUUUUAUAAAUAUAGAAGAGGAAAAUACAAAAGAUAUAACAAAUUAUUUGAAAGAUAAAAUAUCAUUUAUGAAAAGAAUAGAAACAUUUAAAGCAUGGGUAAGAAAACCAGCACAUUUAUCUUCUCUAAUAUUAGCGAGAAAUGGAUAUGUGUGUCAAGAUGAAUUUGUAAUAAGAUGUGAAAUAUGUAAUUGUAAAUAUAUUUAUGAAAAAGAUACAUAUUCUAUGUAUACACGCAUAAAUGAUUUAUGCUUAUUACAUUUACAUAAUUGCCCAUGGAGAAAUAAUCUUAUGGAUAUAAGUAUUUUUGAUUUAGAUAAAAAAUCAUUAACAAAAGAAGAAUUACUUAAAGAAUACGAAGAUAAUAUAGUAUCAUUAAAAAAUAAUUUAUUAUUUGUUCCUUUGAUUAAUAUAAAAAAGACUCUUCACGAUUUAAUAUUUAUCUUAAAAAAAUUUUUAGAAAAUAAUAUGAAUAAAAAAAGAUUUAGCAUUUUUGAUCAUUAUGUUAAAAUAUUCAAAGAGGAAUAUAUUCACAUUUUUUUAAAUAAUAAGAAUAUUAUAGAUAAAGGAAUUGAGAUAAUUAAAAAUAAAUAUCCACUAUAUGAAAAAUAUAUUGUCGACAUAAAUUAUCUAAAUAAUUUAAAUUUUAAUAUGAACAACGUUACUUCUUUUAUAAAUAUUUUAUCUGAUAUAUGUUUAGAUGAUUCAUUUUGUGAUGAACAAGAUGAUAUAAAUAUGUAUUUUAAAAUUGUACAAAAAUUAAAAAAUUAUCAAUAUGAAAAUGUCAAUAUUUUUAAAUUGCUGGCAUUAUUUGGAUGGUCAUAUAAAUCACCACAAGAUGAUGAACACACACAAAUACUUCAAUGUAAAUAUUGUUUUAGAGAAAUUAAUAUUCUCAAUUAUUCACAUUUCUCUUUCAAGCAAAAUAAACUUUCUUUACACAAAGACAUAUUUGCUUCUCACCAAAAGGAUGUGUUACAAUAUAUUUUGAAAAACAUAAACAUCUUAUUAGAACAAAGGAAAAAAGAAAAUCAAAAUCAAAAUCAACAUCAAAAUCAACAUCAAAAUCAACAUCAAAAUCAACAUCAAAAUCAACAUCAAAAUCAACAUCAAAAUCAACAUCAAAAUCAACAUCAAAAUCAACAUCAAAAUCAACAUCAAAAUCAACAUCAAAAUCAACAUCAAAAUCAACAUCAAAAUCAACAUCAAAAUCAAAAGGAUACCUUGGAAUAUAUUCCAGAGCAUACCAUACUUAGCAAAAUGUCUGAUCGGUUGAGGGAAACAUAUGAUAAGUAUUAUAUUGAUAUUGCAAGGAAUAAUAAAAACAAGGAACAGAAGCAAAAUGAAGAAAAGGAAAAUAAUGAAGUAAAUAAGGAAGUAUAUAUAGAAAGAAAUAAUAAUAAGGAGGAAACUAGCGAAAAGGAAGAAAAUAGUAAAAAUGAAAAAUUUAACAGAAGUAACAAAGCUAGUCAGUCAGAUUCAUAUGAGGAAAAUGCAGAAUAUUCACAAAGUGAUGGAAUCACGAACACUGAAUCUAAUUUUGAAAAUUCCCAAAAAGAACGAGAAGGAUUUUCUUUUAAAUGGAAAUUCAAAAAUUUGUUUUCAUCACAAAGUAUUCACCAAGAUGUAAAUGAUAAACAUAAUGACAAAUUAUCUUGUGAAGAGGAUAGAGAACAUAUAUUGGAAGAUAUGAAGGAGAUCAUUUUUUUGGAUAAAAUGGAAAAUAAUAAAGCAGACAAUGAAAAUAAUAAUAAUAAUAAUAAUAAUAAUAAUACUUAUAGUAAUAGUAAUGAUAGUAAUUGUAAUGAUAGUAAUUGUAAUGAUAGUAAUAGUAAUAAUGAUGAUAAUAAUGUGGAGAAUCAUUUAAAGAAUUACUUGAAGAAGUGUAUAGGAGAAAUGUGCCUAAAUAUAUGUCCUUAUCUAGAAAACAAGAACUAUUUUAUUAAAUCUUUAUACGAUUAUUAUGUUUUGUUAACAUCAGAGAUGUCUACCACGCACAUAAAUGAAAAUGCAAUAAAAAAUUCUUUUAUCAUUAGACCAUUUAAUGUUGUUGAAAAUCAUAGAAUAUAUUGUCCAUAUAUAACAGAAGACUUAUAUUUAUUUUCAAAAAUAACCAAACUUAUUUUUGAAUUGUUGAUAUUGGAAUUUGAAAGAAAAUAUGUAUUCAAAUAA